CUCUUUUUCGGCCGCCUCAAAAGUCGCCAACUUUGUUACUCCGCAUCUCUCCAAACCACCAAGAUGAUGGCCUCCGUCUAUGCCCGCCCGGCCAACGCCCUCCGUACCGCUGCCCGCCGCCUCCACCGUGCAGGGGCCAAGUUCACACCAGCACAGGCUGCGUCCUACUCGCUCUUGGCGCGCUCCGCGGCUGCCAACUGCUCCAGACAACCUGCCGUCCAGGUCCUUCCUACCCGUGGCGUGAAGACCCUCGACUUUGCUGGCACCAAGGAGGUCGUGUAUGAGCGGAGUGACUGGCCCCUGGCCAAGCUUCAGGACUACUUCAAAAAUGAUACCCUCGCUUUGAUUGGAUACGGCUCGCAAGGCCAUGGUCAGGGCUUGAACGCUCGGGAUAAUGGUCUCAACGUCAUCGUCGGCGUUCGUAAAGACGGUGAGAGCUGGAAGCAGGCCAUGGAAGACGGUUGGGUGCCUGGCGAGACACUCUUCCCGAUCGAGGAAGCCAUCAAUCGGGGAACGAUCAUCAUGAACUUGCUCUCAGAUGCAGCUCAAUCCUCGACCUGGCCAACAGUUGCUCCUCUCAUAACCAAGGGCAAGACCCUUUACUUCUCUCACGGCUUCUCCGUCGUCUACAAAGACCUCACCCACGUUGUGCCUCCCAAGGAUGUCGAUGUUAUUCUGGUAGCACCCAAGGGCUCGGGUCGUACUGUUCGCACCCUCUUCAAGGAGGGUCGUGGCAUCAACUCUAGCGUUGCCGUGUUCCAAGACGUGACGGGCAAGGCAAUGGAAAAGGCUGUCGCCUUGGGUGUUGGUGUCGGCUCUGGGUACAUGUACGAGACCACUUUUGAGAAGGAGGUCUACUCGGACUUGUACGGUGAACGCGGUGUGCUUAUGGGUGCUAUCCAGGGACUGUUUUGCGCUCAGUACAAGGUCCUUCGUGCCAACGGUCACACUCCCUCGGAAGCCUUCAACGAGACUGUCGAGGAAGCGACCCAAUCAUUGUACCCUCUGAUCGGCCAGAAGGGCAUGGACUAUAUGUAUAAUGCCUGCUCUACCACUGCUCGUCGUGGCGCUCUCGACUGGGCACCUGUCUUUGAGAAGGCCAACCUCCCCAUCUUUGAGCAGUUGUAUCAGAGCGUGCGGGACGGUACGGAGACUCGCAAGGCACUCGAGUUCAACGGUCGCUCGACAUACCGGCAAGACCUUGCGAAGGAGUUGAAGGAGAUUGACGACCAAGAGAUCUGGAGAGCUGGCAAAACCGUUCGUUCUCUUCGUCCGGACUAUAAGAGCGAGUAAAAGGAUGGUGACAAUGGUUUCUUUGUAUGGCUGGGCUACUUUGCGCAUCAUCUUGCUUGGUCGGGUUCAAAAGCACUGCGGUGCAGGUAAUUACUUAGGCGUGUAUGGUAUGACAGAAUAGAUGGCUUGGAGUUGUGUUUUGGCAGUACCUGUUGCAGUGAGAUAGGGG